CAGGUGGCGACGGUGGCGGGGGUUGGGGAGUGAGGUAGUCUAGGCGUCGCGGGGGAGGAAGGUGAGAGGGUCCAAAUAAAACUAAAUCUGCAGUCUGGCCUACUGGUCCGGGGGCCGCGGAGCCCCCACCCGGGGAGAUGGACCUCAACCGGAUCAUCCAGGCGCUGAAGGGCACCAUCGACCCGAAGCUUCGGAUUGCAGCAGAGAACGAGCUCAACCAGUCUUACAAGAUUAUCAAUUUUGCCCCCAGUUUACUUCGGAUUAUAGUCUCUGACCAUGUGGAAUUUCCAGUACGCCAGGCAGCUGCCAUCUACCUAAAGAACAUGGUGACCCAGUAUUGGCCAGAUCGAGAACCUCCACCAGGAGAAGCAAUAUUUCCCUUCAAUAUUCAUGAAAAUGACCGCCAGCAAAUACGUGAUAACAUUGUGGAAGGGAUAAUUCGAUCACCAGAUUUAGUGAGAAUCCAGUUAACAAUGUGUCUCCGUGUCAUCAUUAAGCAUGAUUUUCCUGGUCACUGGCCAGCGGUAGUGGACAAGAUAAACUUUUACUUACAGUCGCAGAACAGUGGAAGCUGGCUUGGCAGUUUGUUAUGUCUUUACCAACUAGUGAAGACUUAUGAAUAUAAGAAAGCAGAAGAAAGAGAACCUCUUAUAGCAGCGAUGCAGAUAUUUUUGCCACGUAUUCAGCAGCAAAUCAUGCAGCUCCUUCCUGAUUCCUCCCAUUAUUCUGUAUUACUACAGAAACAGAUUCUCAAAAUCUUUUAUGCUCUUGUUCAGUAUGCAUUGCCUCUUCAGUUGGUGAAUAACCAAACCAUGACAACAUGGAUGGAGAUCUUCCGAACUAUUAUUGACAGGACAGUCCCUCCUGAGACUCUGCAAAUUGAUGAAGAUGAUAGACCAGAACUAGUAUGGUGGAAGUGUAAAAAGUGGGCUCUGCAUAUUGUAGCUCGUCUCUUUGAACGGUAUGGAAGCCCAGGAAAUGUCACAAAAGAAUAUUUUGAAUUUUCUGAAUUCUUCUUGAAAACCUAUGCAGUGGGAAUUCAGCAGGUACUACUAAAAAUUUUAGAUCAAUAUAGACAGAAAGAGUAUGUAGCCCCUCGUAUUCUUCAGCAAGCAUUCAACUAUCUCAACCAAGGGGUUGUUCAUUCUGUAACCUGGAAGCAGAUGAAGCCACACAUACAGAAUAUCUCCGAAGAUGUGAUUUUUUCUGUGAUGUGCUAUAAAGAUGAGGAUGAAGAGCUUUGGCAAGAAGAUCCAUAUGAGUAUAUAAGGAUGAAAUUUGAUAUUUUUGAAGAUUAUGCUUCUCCUACCACAGCAGCCCAGACUCUCUUAUAUACUGCUGCAAAGAAAAGGAAAGAGGUGUUGCCAAAAAUGAUGGCAUUCUGUUAUCAAAUCCUAACAGACCCGAACUUUGACCCUAGGAAGAAAGAUGGAGCCCUGCAUGUGAUUGGUUCCCUAGCUGAGAUUUUAUUGAAGAAGAGUUUAUUCAAGGACCAAAUCGAGCUAUUCCUACAGAAUCAUGUAUUUCCUUUAUUGUUGUCUAACCUGGGAUAUCUUCGAGCUAGAUCAUGUUGGGUGCUUCAUGCAUUUAGUUCUUUGAAGUUUCACAAUGAACUCAACCUCAGAAAUGCAGUUGAAUUAGCAAAGAAGAGCCUGAUUGAAGAUAAGGAGAUGCCAGUCAAAGUUGAAGCUGCCCUUGCUCUUCAGUCAUUAAUUUCUAAUCAGAUACAAGCUAAGGAAUAUAUGAAGCCACAUGUGAGGCCUAUUAUGCAGGAGCUGUUGCACAUUGUUAGAGAGACAGAAAAUGAUGAUGUUACUAAUGUAAUCCAGAAGAUGAUAUGUGAAUACAGUCAAGAGGUAGCCUCGAUUGCUAUUGAUAUGACCCAACACUUGAUCACACAGCAAUUAGAGAAUAUCUGUCUACGGAUCAUUGACCUUGUUUUACAGAAGCACGUAAUUGAAUUCUAUGAAGAAAUUCUUUCACUGGCAUAUAGUUUAACCUGUCACACAAUUUCCCCUCAAAUGUGGCAACUUCUAGGUAUUUUAUAUGAAGUUUUCCAGCAGGAUUGCUUUGAAUACUUUACAGACAUGAUGCCUCUCCUGCAUAAUUAUGUGACAAUAGAUACAAAUACUUUACUAUCAAAUCCAAAGCAUUUAGAAGUACUUUUUACAAUGUGUAGAAAGGUACUAUGUGGAGAUGCAGGAGAAGAUGCAGAAUGUCAUGCAGCCAAACUUCUUGAAGUCAUUAUUCUUCAGUGCAAAGGAAGGGGAAUUGAUCAGUGCAUUCCUCUCUUUGUUCAACUUGUUUUGGAGAGAUUAACUCGAGGGGUCAAAACUAGUGAACUCCGUACGAUGUGUCUUCAGGUUGCAAUUGCUGCCUUGUACUAUAACCCUGAUUUGCUGCUACAUACUUUAGAUCGAAUUCAGUUGCCUCACAACCCUGGACCUAUCACUGUACAGUUUAUAAACCAGUGGAUGAGCGAUACAGAUUAUUUUCUUGGGUAUGUGUGCCUUUUGGACUUCAUAUUGACUUUGUUUCUGGAAAGUUACUUCAUAUAUAUAUAUGUAGGAUACCAUGUACAAAAUCAAUUUUCAUAUCAUUGGAGCUAUUUUUGGUAUGUUAGUAACAUGAUGUUUAACUUUUAGAGUGUUAUGAAUGUG